AUGGCGCUCGCUGAUCCUAUUCCAAGUGAUUGGAUCGAGCCUGAGCCCGGCUUCGACGAAGAGACCGACGACGAGGACGAUCCGUUGACGUAUGCUGGCUCGACAGGCAAGGAAAGACAGGAACGUGUCUCCACGACUUCGCUCGGUCCGAUCACCUUCGUCUGCAUCAACGACGAUCCUGUCGAGGCGUUCUAUCUCAGCCAUGAAAUCGCCACCAUCUCGGGCGCCACCAGCGAGGCUCCCGGUGUCUUCCACUGGGUGACCAGGGAUGCGGCGUGGCACCGCCAGAGGCAUCAACAACGCCGCGAUCAAGUCACUGAUGAUGCCCCGGAUGAUGCGACGGGAGACUCGCCGAACGCUCCUGCCCUAUCCCUUGCGACCAACAGCCGGGAUCACGAAGAGGCGUCUGGUUCGGCUGAACCGCUGCGUAAUCAGCUUGAUGACCUACUUUACAGCAGCGAUGGGGAACAAGGCGACGCGGAUGGGCAAGAAGGCGUAACUGACGACACGUCAACACCCGUACGACGUGAAGAUGUUCUAGACUUGCUUGUAAUUGCUGAUUUCGAAUGGAAUGAGAUCGAUUUGGGCGCUCCGCCUCCGGAAAGGCAGGAGGAUCAAGCCCAGGGUGACAGCCAAGAGCAAGAUGGGCAAGACAGAGUUGAAGAUGCAGCAGAAAAUGUGCAAUGGAGAGACGGUGUGACAGACUGCAACAUCUGUCUCUUCCCUCUCGACAGCAAGAUUUGGGUGUGUGAGCGUGAGACAUGCCGCCAACCGUACCACCGGCAUGUGGAUGCGCCACCAACGUGCACGGUCUGUAAGCGCAUCGUCACUGGAACGAUGCUCGAGGGUCCGCAGUGCAGCCAAAUCUUCGACUACGACUGUUUGGUGCAGUACAACGCGCAAUUCUUGGAGGACGUUCAAGCUGGAUAUCGCGGCAACGACGACAACGCAUUCGACUAUACGGAAGACCAGGAAUCCGCCGACGAGUACCACCAGAGCGACUUCGAUAGCUCCUCGGACUCGGACGGGGACUACAAUCCCGGCGACGAAGCCUAG